CACUUAAACUCGUCCGCUGAAUCCGUUCCGUAAACAUCACGACAUCGCGUUUGGGCUCAACAUGUCGUAAUAAGAGUCUUAACGCCUGAAUGAAACGUUAAUUUGAAAUAUAUCGAGGAUGUUUUUGAAUUUUCCAAAGCCACGUGUUCUCUUAUUUAUGGUUUAUCUUUAUUUAUUGAGGUGUUCGUUAACGACAGCGCAAGACGAAGAGUCGCUGGAGCUGUGGCUGUCUGAGGAUGCAGCGUCCGACCAGGAAAACAUUCCCAAAUUUGUUGAAUCUGACGACCUGGAAUCUCUACCUAAAAGACAGUUCAAAACAGCUGAGAUUGCAGAUGCUGUGAUGGGAUCGGAAGCGCCCCUCAACCCGUCGGACAUCGAGUCGCUGAUCCCUAAAAAUGUGAAGGACGUGACGGCAGGGUUUUCACCGCCCUGCGAUGAGAGCAGCGACCAGUGCCGUUCUGGCCAGGACACGUCGACUGAGGAGUCUGAUUCUGGAUCAGCCCACCAGGUCACCCUCGACCUGGUCCAUGCUGCGUCAGAGGAGCUGAACAACACAGAGACCACCAAGACGUUCAAGGUCAACUGCGAUAAGAGAAAUAUCACAGGAAUAGAUGUCUUCACUGUGCAGGUCCUCAACGCCUCACAGGAUCUGAUGGAGUUCCUGAAUGCCAACAGCACCGAGUGUUCUGUGGUCCUCUUCUUCACCACGUGGUGUCAGUUCUCUGCCAGUCUUGCUCCCCACUUCAAUGCCCUACCCCGAGUCUUUCCCAGCAUGCAUUUCCUGGCGCUGGAUGCCUCCCAGCACAGCAGUCUGUCAACCAGAUUUGGGACCGUCGCUGUCCCGAAUAUUCUCCUGUUUCAAGGAGCCAAACCAAUGGCUCGCUUCAACCACACGGACAGGACUCUGGAGAUGCUCACGUCCUUCAUCUGCAACCAGACAGGGUUGGAGGCUGGGCAGGACAGGAACGUGACUGAGGCUGACCACACUGGACCCCUCGCUAGCGUCCCAGUGAAGAGCGUCGACUGGCUGCUGGUCUUCUCCGUGCUCUUCAUCACCAGCUUUGCGCUGUACGCCGCUCUGCGCACCGAUAGCAUUCGAUGGCUGAUCCCGGGCCAAGAGCACGAGCACCAGGACUGAGGCCAGAUGCGGACCUUUUGGGAUCGAUGCAAAUUGUUUGAGUAAUUUAAAUGUUUUAUUUGAUUGAUAAAUAAAUGAAAAAAAAACACA